UUUUACUUCCCAUUUUCUUCCCUUUCUCAUUUCAGCUUUUUUUUUUUUUGCCUGUUUCCAAAGUCCCUGAGUACUCAGUUCCUCUGUAGAGUUUCCAGGAGGAUCUACUCCAGGUUCUUGCUGGGUGCAGAGCAGGAACAUCCCUGGAUUGCCAUGAGCUCUCAGAUAUGGACAGAGGCUUAGCAGCUGCAGCCUCCAGCUCCCCCAGGACCUGUGGAUGGACCCCAUCAGGUCCCACAGACUUGUGCACUGCAUUGGGGACCAGCUGGUUCUAGAGGAAGAGUAUGAUGAGAACUACAUCCCUGAAGAUAAAGAAGUCUGGGAUUUUGCACAGGAAAUCGGGAUUGACCCUGAGAAGGAGCCAGAGCUGCUCUGGCUGGCCAAGGAAUGCCUGGUGGCCCCAAUACCACCCCCCUGGAAGGCCUGCCAGGAUGUCACUGGUGAUCUCUACUACUUCAACUUUGCAAAUGGUGAGUCCAAGUGGGAACACCCCUGUGAUGGCCACUACAAGCAGCUCGUCAUUCAGGAGAGGGAGAAGCUGUUGGCACAUGGUGCUUUGAAGAAGAAGGAGAAGAAGAAGAAGAAAGAAAAGAAGGAAAAGAAAGAGAAGAAGGAGAAGCAGUCACUGCAGCAACUUGCUCCCUCAGGCACCCUCCUGGCACCCGUGCAGGCUCCCCCGGGGACCCUGGCUCCGCUGCGCGGCCUCGCGCCCUCUCCAGCUGGUGUCCUCCCUGGGCUGUGGAACAGGAACAUGGGGGGCUCGGGGGACUCUGUCCCCAGGGCAGGGCUGCAGCCUGUAGGGGCCUGUAAACCCACCAGCCAGCCCAAGAGGUUGCUGGGCUUGGUCUGUGAAGAAGAGGCCUCAGUGACCACAGCAGCUCUGGAUGAGGGGAGACAGGAAGAGGAGGAAAGUGAGAAUGAGAGCCUCCAUGGGACAGCAAGACUGCUCAAAAACCUGCACGUGGAUGUCAGUGCCCUGGGAGGCAGCUUCAACUCUGAGGAGGACAGCAAAGAGGAGGAGGAGGAGGAGGCUGGCAGAGGGGUGGCUGAUGCUGCUGAAGCUGAUCCCCAGCACAGGAGCAGUCCCAUGGAGGAAGCUGGCAGCCUGGCUGAGAAGGAGUCUUUAAAAUCAAGACACCCUGAAGAAGGGCAGGAGUCUUCCUUGGAUUCUGGUGCUGCGUGCCCUCCGACUCCAGUUGAAGUUCGUUCUGGAGAUGCUGACAGUAGCCUGUCUGGCCACGACAAGGAGGAUUCGGAUGGGAAACCUGCUGGGAAAGAGUUACUGGGUACAAGUAAUGCUGAGGUGGAUGGUGACAUCUCUGCAGCUGAAGAGCUGCCCCCGUCUCUGGGGGAGAGGAGUGCAGCAGGGACCAACACGCCCAGCGGUGCUGAGCAGCCUGGAGCUGUGUCUGCAGCUGCUGGAGGUGCUGAGGAAGAUGAGCUGGAGAGCCUGGCUGCAGCUCCUGACACCCUGUCUGCUGGGGAAAAGUCAGUGAAGGAAAGCAGGGAAGAGGCAGCAGCUGAUGUGGAAGCAGAGAUCAGGCUGGAUGCUGGAGAACUUUCAGAGCUGUCCAAGAGCAGUGACUUUGGGGAGGACUUGCAAGUCUCCAAAUGCUCAGACCAUGUGCUGGGUCAGCCUGUGGGCUUGGGUUUCCAGACACAGCUUUCUGAGCAGGUGCUGGACGUGGAGGUUCUGUCUCCUGCCCUGGACAGCCCCACGGGCAAGGCCCAGGAGCUGGGAGAAGAGGAAAAAGACCAAAGCAAAGCCAGUAUAGAGGAACAGCAAAGUAAAAGAACAAAAGCUUCUGAGAGUGAGAGGGAUCAAAGCGCUGGUGAAGUGCCAGAAGGGAACUGUGUUGCUUUAGAGAAUCCGGGCCAGGAGGAGGUUGUGGCCCAAGAGCUGGGAUCACCGGGGAGCCUGAGCAGUCUGGAGGAGCUUGCUGCCCCACAGGAAGUUAGGCAAGCUGGGAAUGAGAUGGAGCAUCAACAGUCCUUGAACCAGCCCAGUGAGGAAUCCCUGGAGGGAAUAGCCAUGGAGCUGGAGACAGAGCUCAAGCCAGAGAAGAUAAAUUUGGUGCAAGAAAAGGAGGAGAAAAUUCAGCAGUUCCUGGAGGAGAUGGGGCAGCAGGAGGAAGAGGAACCUGAGAAGCUUCAUCAGCAACAGGAAAAAUGCCUCAGGACUCUAAAAGAAGAUCUGGCAAAGAUCUUUGAGGAGGAGGAGCUGCGUGUCAGGAAGGAGGAAACUGAGAGGCUCUCGAAGCUGCGAGCCAAGAUCACCUCAGAGACUGAGGCAGAGGUGGAGAAGAUAAGGGCAGAGCAAGAGGCCACACUGCAGAAACUGAGAGAAGAGUGGGAAUCCCAGUGGGCAAUGGAGAAGGAGAGCCUGGAGAGGAAACAGCAGCUUGCUUUGAAGAAAAUGAAGUUGGAAAUGGAGGAAGCUCAGCAGAAGGAUAUGACUGAGCUGGAACAAGAGAAGGAACAAUUCCUGCGUGAGCUUAAGGAGAGAUUAGACAGGGAAAAGAAGGAGGCAGUAGGAGAGCUCGAGAAACAGUUUGCAGCUGAACUCCAGGAGCUGAAAUCUGCAGCAGAGGAGAAGCAUCGUCAGGUCAUUUCCAGCCUGCAGACCCAGAUAGCAGAGGCACAGAGGAGUGAGGAGGCUCAGCUGCACGAGGACCUGCAGAGAGCAGAGCAGAGGGUGCAGCAGAAAGCCUUUCAAGUAACAGAGUAUGAACGUGAGCUCAGCGAGCUUAUGAGAGAGAAACGCCUGGAAGUGGAAAAGGACCACGAGAGGAAGCUGGAGAGGAUGAGAGAGGAGCACCAGGAGGCCCUAGCACGGAUUCGGGACCAGUACGAGGAGGAGGAGCGGCAGCAAAGGGCGGAGCUGCUGUCGGGGCUGCGGGGGGAGCUGGGGCGGCUGCGGCAGCGGCAGGACGCGGAGCUGGGCGCCCUGCGAACAGAGCUGGAGACGCGGCUCGUUGCCCUGCAGCUCCGGCACAGCCAGAAGGAAAGAGAACUGCAGGAUUCAGAAAAUGAGCUUGAGAUCCGCAUGAAGAAUGUCAAAGUCAGGUCAGCUGAGCUCCUCAGCCAGGAGGAGUCUUUGAGACAGAAGAGGCAGCAGCUGCUGGAUGAAGACAAACGGACAGAGCAGGAAAGAGACGAAGCUGCUUUAGCUUCUCAAGUCCGCCUGGAGGAGAACAGGAAGGAACAUGCCAACCUCCUCGAGUCCAUCCGGCAGCUGCGCAGGUCUCUAGAAGAGCUCCAGGACCAGAAGGCUGAGUUGGAGGCCCAGGUGGAUUUGUUGCAGACCCGAAGCCAGAGGCUGCAGAAACGCAUCAGUGAGCAGGAGGCAGCUGUCAGGAGCAAGCAGGAGACUUUGAAAGAACUGGAGGCAGAAGAAAGUGUGGAAUCUCCAAGAAGGAAAGCUGAGCUCCGCAUUGAAGACCUGAGAGAAAAUAUUCAAGCUCACUCGUCCAGGGAUCCUGCUUCCCCACCCUCUCCCAGCCAGGAGGACAGCGAGUUCCAGCUGGAUCAUGUCAGGAGAUACAUCUCUGCAGAAGGGCUCUCCAUCCGGAAUGCCAAGGAGUUCCUGCUGCGCCAGACGCGCUCCAUGAGGAAGAGGCACACGGUGCUGAGCGCUGCCAAGCAGCAGUGGCGCCAGGACAUGCAGAAGGCACAGGAGGUGCUGCAGGAUCCUGACAGCUCCCAGCUCCUGGAGGGCGUGCGCCAGAACCUGGAGCAGGAAGCAAAGCAGUUGGAUGAGAUGAAGUCAGCUAUGCGGAAGGGGCAGGUGCUGCUGAAGAAGAAGGAGGAGAAGCUGAGCCAGCUGGAGUCCUCGCUGCUGGAGGAGCUUUCAGAUGAAGACACGCUGAAGAGUGCUGGGUGCAGGAAGAUGGUGACUUUUGAUCUCAGCAGCUCUGAGGACACAAACAGCUCAUCCAGUGUAAAUCUCCAUCAGCCUAAAUUUGAUUUGAGAGCUGAUGUACGGCCUGUCCCACAGCCAGACAAGGUCCAGUACUUGAAAUCCUCUCUGCAGCAUAUCACCAGUGAGCUGAACGGGGUCCUUGGCAUCUUGGACUCUCUGAACAGUCACCAGUCUCCACUCCUCACCUCAACGCCCCAUCGUGGUGUCCCUCUGUCCACCUACACCUCCUUGGCAGGGCUGGGGGCAGGUGGCUCCCUGGGACCCCCCAUCAGAGGGUCUCUGGAGGAGCCGUGGGCCUGGAGCACUGGGCUGAGCUCCAGCCACUCCUGUGCAGCUGGACAGUCAGUGGACAGCAUCCUGGCCGAGAAGUGGCACAAGUAUUUCCCCAGUGGGCUCCCAACACUCAGUGGGAAUUCCAAGCCUCUGGACAACAAGCUGGGAUAUGUACCUGCAGGAGAGCAAAUACGGCAGUUCCAGCACUCCCAGUUCUGGAGCCGGGAGUCAGACAAGAUGAAUAUUCAAGGAAUGAUUGAGAGCAACAAGAAGUGGCUAGAAGACUUCAAGAGGGAUUCACAAGUACCUCUCUUCCUAGGUCCAGAGAAGACCCCUGCCCGCAGCCCCAGCCUCCUUCAGCUAGGACUGGAUGAAAACAGGCAAAUUAAAGUCUACCAUUACUGAGAGGUGGGACUGGGCUCUGGUGUCUGGGCCCCCUGUGCUCUGCCUGCCGCCGUGGGCUCCAGCGGUGCCCCCGUGUCUCCACUGUGUCUUUGCUGUGCCCUUGAAAGAAAGUCUCUUUACAAGGGAGCAGGGGAAGGAGGGAGUGAACUUCCCAGGUGGAUUCUUCUAAUCCUGAAAUGUGUCCAAAUAUACUUUAUAGACUGUUUAAUCCAGUGCUGAAAUAUCAGGGCUGCAAUAAAUCAACAGUUCUCUCAUUAGUAUUCUAGCGAUCGUGAGCCAGAGCUGUGAAUCAUGGAGGACUUUGAGUAACUGGUCAAGGGAGAGAACGUGAAUCCAGCUGAGACUUUGCUAGAGGAAAUGUGCCAGGAAAUGAGCCUGUGCUGAUGCCCAGCAAAUGCUCAAUUGCAGGUGGGACAAGUCACUGCCUCUGGCAUGGGCGUGAGUAGGACAAGCAGUGGAAUGGCUGUGGAGUCUGGGGACAGAGUGGGAGGGUCUGGGACAACUGUUUGCCACAGUCAACUUGCUGCUGGCCUGCUGAAUGCCACCAGCUCUCUGCUGGACACUUCUGCACUGAACUCUCCAGCAGGAUAACUGUACAGGGGUUGGCAGAGGGCGUUGGUUCAGCACCUUGGAACAGGGCUCUGCUCAGCUCCAUGAGCAGACCCCAAGGAGCAGCAGCUCUGCUCUCUGCCAGGAGUGGGUGUGCACACUGGGGGUUCAGGUGUGCCAGGCACACCAUCUGUAGCUUGGAAAAUGAGCCAUCAGAUAGAAGUGACUCAACUGAGUGUAUUACGAACAGCUUGUUUGAGGUCACAGCCCUGAACAUCACUUUUAAAAGCUGUGUUUUGAUUUUUUUAAUUGCGUUUGUUUAACGUUACUUUUAGAAAAUAUCUCAUGUUUGAUUGA